AUGCCGCCCCCAACCACCAUAAUACAUGUAAUGAGACAUGCUCAACACGAUGAAUCUACUGGGCUAUUAACGAAUGAAGGGAAGGAACAAGCACUCAGACUUGCUCGCCUAUUCCGAAACGAACGAUUUAUAAUGGCGCAAUAUAUCACCCAUAUAUUUUGUUCGCCAAUGCCUCGAUGUCAGCAAACUGCAGAAAUAGCCCUUGGAGAUAUGAUUGCUCGCGGAAUUCCAAUCGUCACUGUACAAGAGCUCUCUGACAAUAGGGAAGUAGGUCUCUCAUUUAUUUGGAGGUACAUCAGUCUUCGUGAGAGGAAUGAGAUCAUAAUGAUAACUCAGGGUGUUGUUCUGGAAACACUCCUCAGUCUCCACAACGUUGGUUAG